GCUCUACGCCACGCGCCGUGCCAUCGCUCUGCUUGAGCACACCGGAUCGGUCUGGUGCUGGGGCAUGGCCCACUAUGGUGGUGAUUGCAGCCGUGUGUGGCCACGCCUCCGGAGCGUUCGACAGAUCGCUGCCUCCGGCGGAGCCUUUGCCGCCCUUUGUGUCGAUGGAACUGUGGUUACAUGGGGGGCACCCGACUGUGGGGGCGACAGCAGCAGCGUUCAGGAGCAGCUACAGGGCGUGCAGGCCCUGCAGGCCUCCACAGGCGCCUUCGCGGCG